ACUAUGCCUGUUCCAGACCAGCCCUCGUCUUCUGACAAGACAAGUUCCCUUAGUCCUGUGUUGAACACAUCCAAUGGUGAUGGCUCUGAAACUGAGACAACCUCUGCCAUUCUAGCUUCAGUUAAAGAACAGGAGCUGCAGUUUGAGAGACUGACUCGAGAACUUGAGGCUGAACGUCAGAUUGUAGCUAGCCAACUGGAGAGAUGUAAGCUUGGAUCAGAAACUGGAAGCAUGAGCAGCAUUAGUUCAACAGAAGAGCAGUUUCACUGGCAAACACAAGAUGGUCAGAAGGAUAUAGAAGAUGAGCUCACCACUGGUCUGGAGCUGGUGGACUCCUGUAUUAGAUCACUGCAGGAAUCAGGCAUACUCGAUCCACAGGACUAUUCAGCCAGUGAAAGGCCCAGCCUCCUCUCCCAGAGUGCGCUCCAGCUCAAUUCCAAACCUGAAGGGUCCUUCCAGUACUCAGCCAGCUACCACAGCAACCAGACCCUCGCCUUGGGCGAAACAGCGGCUGCCCAGCUCCCAGCCCGCAGCAGCCAGGCCAGAGGUGCCAUCCAGAGCUACAGCCAGGUAUGUGUCCAAGGCAGCCUGGGUCUCUUGCACCUGAAAUCUUGUGGGGUAGCUCCCAGGAAACAGAGCUGUUUGGUGCCUGCUGGCAAGUGAAUGUCUGCCUUUACUUUUUGUCCUUUUCAGCACAUCUGCAGCAGGAUGGAGUUACCACCUGGAUUUUCGUAAAUCUAAAGCAGGUUGACUUGCAUAGUAAUAAAAUAAUCCUGAUUAAAAAGGA